AUUAUUCCACUGUUCCAGUCUGUUCGAGUCGGUGCACUGUUAGCACGAACUGAUAUGAACGUUCCAAAGAUAAUCUAACUUAGUUGGAGUUGUUUGAUUUUUUUCAUGAUGUGUGUUAUAAUUAGUACGAUGGCAAUAAUUUUUAUCGAUCGUCAGGAGUAUUGGUAAAACGAAACGGAAUCAGUUCUUGCGCGAAGAAUGCGUUUAGUGUGCAAUAUGCUCUGAACGUACAGUGAAAUAAUAAAGGACUCUCACAAUUUCGUGUUCAUCGAUAUUUUAGUUCCCAUCUCAGAAUGGUUUUGAGUCGCAACGAUAAAAGAAAGAGGAAGGAGGGAGAUCUGGUGGACCUCGUGGAACCACUUUCGGAAUCUCCGAAAAGGACCAAAGUUCAUGCACAAAGAAAAUUUGCGCAAGGUGCGAUCACUGUGUUUAACACAUCACCUACACCUAUUAAGGACAAAGAGAAAGCUAAACCUGCUACAAUCACAGAAUUAAUAACUCACAAACGACCAAAUACGGAGGAUUUUUUAACAUUUUUAUGCUUCAGAGGAACAUCUAUUUUGCCACCUAAUUUAAAUUUUUUCAAUACUGGCAACAAAAAAGAGAAACAAGGAUCUAAGCCAACUCAAACUUUUAUAGAGAAGACAUUGUCCUCUACUAGUACUUUCAUAGAAAUUCAAAAGCAUGAAAAUACAUGCCAAAAAAAUUUGACAAAAGUAAAGCCUAUUGUCUCGAAUAAAAAAAAAGUGACUAGUGCGUUGCACAAAAGUAUUACCAAACUUAAGACGACUACAUCUACGGUUCAAGCACUUAAAAAGAAAUAUCAGGAACAACGCCUUGCUAAGCAAAGAAUCAAAAAUAAAUUUAAAGCUACUUGCGUUAUGAAGACAAGAUCAUGUACAGAGAGAUCUAUGUUGAAGGCUGGUCUUAAGUUGGCACCGCGAAAAUUUUUACCUAAAAUCAAGACAAAGAGGCAUGGCCUAAGAAGUAGUGUACUACCAGAGAAAACCAAUAAACCUCUAUCAAAAGCAAAAGUUACGUUACCCAAACCAAAGAAGAAAGUCAAUUUAAAAUCGAAAAAUAGUGAUACUUCGAAUAUAGAUGCGUCAUCUGAAGAAGACAAUGAUGUCGAUGACAAUCAAGGGGAAGAAUUACACAUGGAGAAAUCAACAUCGCAGAUAAAGCGAAACAUACAAAGAGGCAUCCAAAAAAAGAUUUGCACUAGAAGUAAGUCAGAGAUGAGGAGAGUUACAAGAUCGUCCAGUGGCAUAGUCUCUUCACAAAAUCUUUCCAGAAGGCCUACCAGAAAAACAAAGGAAGCAGCUGCUGUAUACAUGGAAAUUCUUGGGAGAAAACUAGUGAGUCCGGAUUUAGAAAAUGAUGAUAACGUUUCAUUUGAAAGUUUUCCCGAGCUACCAAAUGCUCGUAGAAUAACGCAAACGGAGAACGAGCUUAAAGCCAAAGUGAAACAAAAUAGUAUCAAGACUAUUAUUAAAACCAAGGAUUCUAAAGUUAGUUCUUACAAUAGUAACGCUAAUAAGCGAUUGGAUAAAAGCAAAAAUAAUAAACUGAUUUUAAAGAGCAAACGUCUGAUGAGGGUACAGAAAUAUUGUGAAGAGGAUAGCGACGAAGAAUCUGAGAGCUCAAUAGAAACAAGCAAUUCGAGACCUAUUACCAGACAGAGUCUUGGAAAGAUUGAUAAACCAAGCAGAAGCCUUAGAUCAUCCUCUAAAAACACAACUAUACAAACAACUAUACAAAGUAACGUAAAUAGCAAACCGAAGACUCAAAUUCAAAAUUGUGUGAAAUCAGCUAGGGAAAAAUUUGUGAUAAAACGUAAACGCGAGAAAAAUAUAUGUAAAACGUCAUUGGAUAAGAUUAAGCAAAAGAGCCUUAAAAGUAAUCAAAACGAGAAGGGGGAAUCAGAAGAGGAGACGCUAGGAAUGCUGCUCAAUAAAAUAAAGAAGAAAAAAGACAAUGAGGAGGAAGAAGAAGGGCAAGUCCCUGACAAUAUCAACAAUCUGAAAGAUAAAAAAGCAGCUUGCAGUGAUAUACAAAAAACAGCCGAUCUGUCAAAAGUAUCAGACGAUGAGGAAUCUUUUCGAGGGUUUACUAAGAAGGCGAUAUCAAAAGUUUUGAAUUCAUGUCAGACGCAUGCCAAUGUUAAUUUGCUAGUCACAGAAUCCGAUAAAAAAUUGAAUUUACCCAGAACAUUGGAUGUAUCGCAAACAGCGCAAAUAGUCAAUCAAAGCGCCAUUUUACGGAAAAAUAAAGUAGAAACAUCACCGAUCAAAGAUGGUUUCUCAGUUGCAAAUCCGCUGAACAGUGAAUGCGAUUUAUCUGUACAAGAAAAAUCUGUAUUAGAUUUGUCCGUCAAGAGCCAAAGCUUAUUGUUACCAUCUGUAGAACAGACGAGCAAAACAUGUAAUCGCGAAAAUGAGGUUUCUUCCUCAAACCUUAUGCCACUGUCCACUCUGCACACAAGAAAAGAACGAGUGAAUAUGUCGACCGAACAGAUAGAAAAGUGGUUGAACGAAAGUUCGUUUGCUAAAGAAGAGAGCAAGCUGGAGAUGGAAAAUGUUUCCAGUUUUAGAUAUGAUUCUACAGAAAAGUUAAAGGCGGAUGUCUCGCAUUUGUCUAUUUCGACGAAAAUCCAACAUUUGGUACGCCCAGUCAACGUUACACUUUCGAAAUUAUCGGAUAAGACGAAUUUGAAGGAUCGUAUGGGGAUACACAGCAAAAAUGUAAUACCGGUAACAUCUGAUACCGGUAAUAUCCGUAAUACUGGAGUGAAGCAACAAAGUGCGACAAAUAUUGACAAAAAUAAGAGCACUAUCGAAACGAAAGAGAUCGUCAAGAAUAAAAUUGGGAAAACGAACAAAGAUACUUCUUUUGCUGAAGAUAUUAGCGAUACUGUGUCUAAAACGGAUCAAAACUCCGUGGUGGAUGAUGCUGUAGAGAAGAAAUCGCCGACAGAGAAGAAAAUAUUUCAACCGCGGAAACCUUUUUUGCCCAAGGUUAAGGAACGUAAAAUUGUAAUACCAAAUGCAAACGCGUUUUCGCCAGAGAACGAGAGUAGCGUUUACGCAUUUGAAAGUGACGCCGAAGUUCCCGUUAGCACACCCUUCCGAAGAAAGAUCAGAGAUAAUGGAAAACAUUCGACUGCGAUAACACCAUCACCUGCAGAGACUAUAAUAUCUGAGUCCAAAGUAAUCGCUAACAAAUCAAAUUUGAAGGAUUCUAAACCAUUGGAUAGUACGGAAAAAUUGUCGAACGAUCCCGUAACGACUGUAAAGAAAGAACAAGAAUCGCAAGAACCGAAGAACGUAGCAAAUUCAGGUACAGGCGUGAGCAAGUUUGAAUUGCCCAACAAUUUUGCAAACUUGACCACUGUCCAAGUGUUACCACUCGACAAACUCACGACAAGUUGGAGUAACGUAAAUUGCAGUGCUUCCAUAGCGGUGCAGGUGAAUCUCGACGAGACCACUCAGGAACACGAAAACAAUACAAGUCAACAGAAAAGUACUGAGAUAUCUACUCAAACCGAAAUGAGUAACGAGAAUGACGACGACAACGAUGGACAUCUAUUUUAUAUUCCGUUACAGGCUGUUACGAGAGGUGGCCCAAAUCUGGUACAAGGUCAACAGCUAAUACAGGGCGUGGCUGUUAAACUCGGUACGGAAGGACCGACCGGCCCUAAUCAAAGAGUUCUCCUUCGAGCUAAGUUGGUCACUAAGCCACCGUCAUCAGUGGCACGUUGUCCACCGAUAGGAACAGUACAACCGACAACGCGUACUCCACCUAAUCCUGCAGCAAUGACAGUGGAACAGCAAAUACCGUCAACGUCAACGACUGCAACUGUGUCAACCACGAUAGCAAGUAUGUCGAACGUGGAGAUGCAAUCAAUGUCAUUGGUGAAAAACGAAAUGCCAGUGCCAAGUCUGAUUCGUCAAAAUGCUAGUACAAUCAUAAAUAGCAAUUCAGCUGAGAAACUCACAAAAUCACCUAAGUCUAGGGAGCGGAAAGAGCUUAUCGAAAUUAUACACUUUUAUCACUUGUGAUAAAAAUCUUUUAGGACACAAAUGAAAUGCAAACAAAAGGGAUCAGAACUGUGCUCUUCAAGCAGUACGACGUUUCUAGGCGCGAAAAUCGCGAAUGAUGAAGCUCGCGUGGUCGAGGCGCCAACGUUUUAUCCGACGGAGAAAGAUUUUCAGGAUCCAUUGGAAUACAUAGAUAAGAUAAGAUCAAUCGCUGAAAAAUUUGGAAUAUGUAGAGUGGUGCCUCCACCAAAUUUCAAGCCAGAAUGCAAGGUGUCUGAUGAUAUGAGAUUCACCGCUUAUAAUCAAUACGUACAUCGCAUGCUACACAGAUGGGGUCCUAAUGUAAAAGAAAUGAUGGCUAUUAAAAAAUAUUUAGCUACUCAGAGUAUUACUUUGACUCAACCACCAUGGAUUGGUGGAAUGGAAGUAGAUUUACCUCACUUAUAUCAAACAGUUCAAAGCUUAGGUGGAUUGAAAGAAGUAAUUGAGAAAAAAAAGUGGCAAAAAGUAGCAGAUGGUAUGAAAAUACCGAAAUCAGCACAGGAUCGUGUUACUAAGCUAGAUGAUAUUUAUUGUAAAUAUUUAUUGCCAUAUGAUACAUUAUCCCCAGAGGAACGUGGAAAGUUGUUUGACGAAGUUGAAACUGAAUGGGUAAGAAAAGAAAGCAAAGCCUUGCAAAGGCAAGAAGUGACAUUUAAUGAUAACGAUGAGGAAGAGGAUGAAGACAGUUCUGAUGAAAUUGAAGAAUGUAUCGUAAAAGGAAGAAACAUGCCAUUGAAUGCUUUUUAUCGAAUUGCCCGUAAUACUCAACGUAUGUGGUUCGGUGAAAAUCAACGAGGAAAUGAAACCGAAGGUGCUUCCGCCAACGAGGUAGAGAGUGCAUUUUGGAAACAUGUUGCCGAGAGAAAACGUCAUGUCUGCGUACAUGCAGCAAGCAUUGAUUCGAGCGGUCGUGGAUUUGGAUUUUCUGUUGCAAAAAACAGUCCGUUUGCUAGACAUCCUUGGAAUCUUAAAGUUCUCACUAACAAUCCUGGAUCAGUAUUAAGAGCUUUGGGUCCACUAAUGGGUGUAACCGUACCAACGUUGCAUGUGGGUAUGUUAUUUAGUGCUUGUUGUUGGUAUCGUGAUCCGCAUGGUCUACCAUGGAUAGAGUAUUUACAUACAGGUGCCAAAAAAAUUUGGUAUGGAAUACCUGAUGAGCAUAAUAAUAAUUUCCGAAAAGCGCUCUCGAAAAUGGUACCACAAUAUUGCAAAAAUAAGACUAUAUGGUUACCUUCUGAUACUGCUAUGGUUCCGCCGGAAUUAUUAGUGAGCAACGAUGUACCAUUAUGUCAGACUGUGCAAGAGCCGGGACAAUUUAUAAUAGUAUUUCCAAAAGCAUUCACAUCAAGCAUAUGUACUGGUUAUGUUGUAUCUGAAAGCGUAUAUUUCGCACAACCAUCCUGGUUAGAAACUGCAGAACAAGUAUUUAAGGAUAUACAAGAUAGUUGCGAACCUUCUAUCUUUUCAUUUGAGAGAUUGUUAUUUAAUAUUAUUAAUGAUACGAGAUCACACAUAGACAUAUUGAAACAGAUAUUGCCGAGUGUAAUAAAGAUUUGUGAAAAAGAAUUAAAUUAUCGUAAACAGCUGGAAAGUGUAGGUCUUAUCAAUAGAGAAAGAUUGCCUUUACCAGUUAGUGGAAAAGGGAAGAAAGGGAAAAAGGUGAAAGAUGAUGAUGGCGACUUCGAAUGUGAGACAUGUAGAGCUAAUUUGUUUGUCUCUUUGAUAAAUAAUUCGCAAGAUGACAGCGUUUAUUGUUUGCCGCAUGCCUUGCACUUAAUUAGUUGUAAGAAGCAGGUUUUGAAACAUUGUACUCUCAUGUACACGUAUGAUGAAGAUGAAUUAGACGAGUUGAUUCACAAACUGGAAAACAGAAUUGAAGCCAAAUCUAAAAAAACUAAUCAAAUAAAACAAAAUAAGCAAGAAAAAUAAAUCUGUUAUUUUAUUUAUAAAAGAUAGAAGUGAUCGUUAUUUAUUAACCAAUAUUAGAUAAGCAUUGCAUAACUAGCAAAUAUGAUCGCAUUGUGUCUUACUUGUUAUAAUAGAAACUGGUUUAAUAAAAUUUUUUUAUUUAUUGCAUAAUAGAUAAAAAUGACGAUGAAUGACAUUAUAUAUAAAUAAAAAUUUCAUAUGGUUUGGUCCAACUCUUUCGAGACAAUUGUCAUGUAUGUCAAAUUACGAGAUUUCGCGAUACUUGUCUUUAAAGAGUU